AUGUUGCGAAGGAUUCGUUGUCGAAUACGACCACAAACACUAACUGAUAAUCAUAAUACAAUAUCAUUAUCGAUAGCAUUAUCUAAGCAGCAACUUGUUGCUCAUUCUUUGAACGAAUCUCAAAAUUGUGCUGAAACAUUACGUUACGACUGUACCUCUUCAAUCAUACAUCGGAAACAAUAUCCUAGUUUAAUCACUAUUGAUAUUGGUAACAAUGAAUUACUGCCAGAACAAACAACAUUUACAUGUAGUGAAGAAUCUGUACGUGAACGUCGUCAACAAAAGCGUGCUAAACGAUCUGAAGAAAAAAAACGUAAAAUAGAAGAAAAAAUAAAAAAAGCAAAUCAACGUUGGCAAAAAUAUUCUAAUAUUGAUUAUGAACUUGUCUUUUUCAUUUCACGAUAUUAUGAUCAAUUACCAUUAUGUUCAAAUUGUCGAAAUUAUUUUACAACUCAUCAAGCACAAUUUUUAGCCGACGAUCCUCGUGCAUCACUUGACUAUGCAGCUGAAGAUAUUUUACGUUCAUCAAGUAAUAAAACAUUAACACUGAAAAAAGCAGCUAAAGCAAGAUUAAUUAAAGAUUAUGAUAAACAAACAAGUAUUAUAUUUAAUCUUUGUGAUUCAUGUUUAACUAGAUGUAAACAAAUUCGAAAUGAACUUAAACAAAUUAAUUAUGUUCAAAAAAUGUCAAAUGAAUUAAAUUCACCAAAUCCCAGUAUGAUGACAAUGACAACACCCGAUUUACAACAACAAAUCAUUGUACCAUCUUCUCCCAAUAUGCUCAAUAUUGAUAAUCAUCCAUACUCACCGUCAAGUUCCCCUUUUGUUUCACCAUCAACAUGGACUACCGAUGUGAAUCAUCAACAAAAAAUAUCUUCUCCAUCAUAUCAAAAUACAAGCACUGAUCUUAAUCAACUUUAUAUGAAUAAUGUUAUUCAAUAUCAUCAAAUAAAAUUACAACAACUCUAUCAACAAAGUCAAAAUAUUAUUAGUGCUCAACAAUACCAAGAAAAUUAUCCAUUAACAAUGGAUCAACAACAAUUACAUCAUGAUCUUCAGUUAUGUAUAAAACAAAUGCAAUAUCAUUGUCUAGAAAUAUUACAUCUUCAAUAUCCUGGUUAUUUACUUUCAUUUCCAUAUACACCAUCAUACAAUCCAAAAUAUUUAUCCUAUCGAUAUCAAGAUAUCGAUGAUGAUGACGAUGAUGAUGAAAGUAUUGAUUCAGAAAAUUCAUCUUCUAUUAGUGAGAAAGAUAAUGACAGUCAAAGAUGUGUGAAGAUUGAAGACGAAAAUGAUACUUCUACUAGGACUAGUGAUGACAACAGAUGUUGUACGGAUGAAUAUGAUGAAAAUCAACAGUCGAUUGAUGAUCGACUUACAAUAGAAACAUGUCAUGGACUUAUUGAAUAUUAUAGUAAGUGA